UCUCAAAUAAAAACUUCCAAUAAAAAACCCAACAAGAAUUCGAUCGGUUGAGACUUGAGAAUUCGAGGGGGAAAAAGAAGAAAAGAAGAAGAAAUGGCUGUUGUUUCAACUCCUCCUUCCAAAAUCGAAGAAGUGAAUCGAACUAAGGAAAGUGGAAUUCGAACUUCUGAAUCUGGAAAUGGAAAAACUUGUCACCAGUGCCGGCAAAAAAGAAUUAAUCUCUUGGCUCCAUGCAAGAACGUGAAAAAGGACAAGCAAUGUACCAUCAAGUAUUGUCAAAAAUGUCUAUUGAACAGAUAUGGAGAGAAAGAAGAUGUUGCAUUGUUGGCUGACUGGAAAUGUCCUAAGUGCAGAGGCAUUUGCAAUUGUAGCAUGUGCAUGAAGAAAAAGGGUCACAAUCCUACUGGUGUACUAGUAUUCACUGCAAAGAAAACUGGGAUUUCUUCUGUUUCAGAAUUGCUUCAAGCUAAAGGACCUGAAAAUUUUAAAUAUGAAAGGAUUGUAAAUGAUAUGGGUGUUUCAGCAAAGAAGCAAACAAAGGAGUCUGUGGCUACUUCACUGAGGAAGCUUGGGAAGGAAAAUUCUUUUGAUGGAGACUGUGAUUCAAAGGUUAGUUCUCAGAAUUUGAUUUCAUCAUUGCCUGAAGAAAAGAUGUCUAAGAAAAUGAAACGUGAGGGAUUGAAAGAAUUGUACAGCGACAAUGGGGAUCAUGAAGCUUCUUUGAACGAAGCUUCAAAUAAAACAAUGAAGGCAAGUAGUAGUCUUUCAGAUGGAAAGGGGUUGAAGACAGAAAUACAAAUUGAUGAUGCUUCCAGUCCCAGCAAAGAACAAAAAACCAAAUGUGCUAAAAGCAAGAAAUCAGGAGUUUUAAAUGGAGUUAAAGUUUUGGAGAUCACUAAGAAAAGGAAGUCCACAACUUCUGAUGAGGAUUCUCGAGGUUCAAAUGAUUUUGAAAAUGACAAUACAAUUUGUAAGCUCCAGUCAGUUUUAAAGCCUUGCAAAGAUAGAAAACUUGACGUAGACAUUCAAUUGCCUGAGGGCACCAGCUUAAUAACUGUUGCUGGUGUUGAUUUACCUCCCAAUGAUGUCGGUCAUGCAUUACAGUUCUUAGAGUUUUGUGCAGCUUUUGGAGAGGUUCUUGAUAUGAAGAAAGGACAAGCAGAAUCUGUAAUCAGAGAAAUAAUACGUGGGCGUGGCAGAUGCCGAUUACAGUACUCUCCAGUAGUCCAAAUCCAUAUACAAUUGUUGUCUCUAUUACAGAAAGAUACGGGGAAGAAGUAUAAAUCAUUGCCUCUAACUGCUGAAUUAUGCAGUCUUCAUAAUUGGCUUCUAGGUCACUAAAGUGAAAAUUCUUAU